CUUACUCCCUCCCCCUGGCAGGGCGCAAUCGUGGAGAAGCGCAUCCUGGCCAAGGUGCAUAGCCGCUUUGUGGUGACGCUGGCCUACGCCUUCCAAACCAAGACAGACCUCUGCCUCGUCAUGACCCUCAUGAAUGGUGGCGACCUCCGGUACCACAUGUACAACGUGGACGAGAAGAACCCAGGCUUCCCAGAGCCACGUGCCAUCUUCUACACGGCCCAGAUCAUCUGCGGCCUGGAGCACCUCCACCAGAGCCGCAUCAUCUACCGUGACCUCAAGCCGGAGAAUGUGCUGCUCGAUGACGCUGGCCAUGUACGCCUCUCCGACAUGGGGCUGGCUGUGGAGCUGCCUGAGGGGCAGGUGAAGACCAAGGGGUACGCGGGGACCCCAGGGUUCAUGGCACCAGAGCUGCUGCGGCAGGAAGAGUACGACUGGAGCGUGGACUACUUUACAUUGGGCGUCACCCUCUACGAGAUGAUCGAGGCCAAGGGGCCCUUCCGGACCCGGGGGGAGAAGGUGGAGAACAAGGAGGUGACGCGGCGCAUCCUGAAUGACCCUGUGAGCUACUCGGAGAAGUUCAGCCCCGAGUGCCAGGCAGCCUGUGAGGGGCUGCUGGUGAAGGACCCCACUGGGCGCCUCGGCUUCAAGGACAACAGCUGCGCUGAGCUCAAGGCCCAGCCCCUCUUCCACACCGUCAACUGGGAGCGUCUGGCAGCAGGUAACGGCCCCCUCGUCCCAUGCCGUGAUAUAACAAAAAACUCUUUGGAGAUUAUAGGGAUAUCUUCUCAUCCAGUGUUGUCAGAGAUUUCCAGCAGAGAUAUUGAAAACAGCCAGUAA